AUGGCUGUGCAAUUAGACACCAGCGGAAAAGAUGAUUUGAAAACGCAAUUUGCCACACGCGAAGGAGAGUACAGAUUAAUGACACUGUCGGAAUACUCGCGGCCCAAUCGUGUCGGGUAUCAGAACAAUCAGAGCAGUCCCCAGGUGCGCGUGUCGAUCGUGUCAUUGCCAUCGCCACCGCCCCCACCCAUCGGCGGCGGUGGUGGUCAGCUGGCCGGAGCGACCACCAACAGUACCAACAGCACCAGCAAUAGUGUCACCCUGCCGAAGCAGCAAUCCUUUACCAAUGGCCUGGAACAUCAGACGGCGUCCGGAUACAGUACACCGGUCGGGGGCGAUCGGAUAUGUUUCAAUUACGGCAAGGAACUGUACGUCUACUCGUACCGGGGUGCGAAAAAGGCAACGGACCUCAACAAGCCUAUCGAUAAGAAGCUCUACAAAGGAACCUCGCCUAGCUGCCAUGACUUCAACGCAACGGCGGCAACGUGCGAAGGUGCACCGCUGCUGGUGGGAUUCAGUACCGGACAGAUACAGUUGGUCCAUCCAGGUCGCCGGGAACAGGGAAAAUUAUUCAACGAAGAGAGAAAUAUCGACAAAACUAAAGUUACCUGCUUAAAGUGGAUACCGGGAUCUCAGAAUCAGUUUUUGGUUUCUCACGCAAGUGGCUGUAUAUAUCUGUAUAACGACGAGCUACCCUGCACACCGGCUACCCCGACUUACCAGCCGUGCAAAACCGGCGACGGGUAUGUGGUGCUGGCCAGCAAAUCGAAAGCAACGAAAAACCCGCUCUACAAAUGGUGCUUUGGCCAGCACGAGAAUGCGAGCAUCAACGAGUUUUGCUUUUCGCCAUGCGGUCAGCAUCUGGCCGUUGUGUCGCAGGACGGCUUCCUGCGCAUCUUCCACUACGAGCACAUGGAGCUGGUGGGGAUAGCGCGGUCCUACUUCGGAGGCUUUCUGUGCGUGUGCUGGAGCCCGGACGGCAAGUACGUCGUGGUGGGUGGUGAGGACGAUCUGGUGACGGUGUUUUCACUGCACGAACAGCGGGUGGUCGCCCGCGGUCAGGGUCAUCGUUCGUGGGUGUCGGUGGUAGCGUUCGAUCCGUACACCACCUCGUACAGCAGUGCGCUCGAGGGUGACGAUCUGUCCGAUGAGGAAGUAUCACUCGGUGAGCAGCGUAACCAUCACCAUCACGGUACUGGGGGGUACUGUAUUCCGGACGGUACGGCACAUUCGACAACGAAGCAGUCCGGAUGCACCGACAAGUUGGCGGCCGCACAGAACCGACUGGCCACGUGCUACCGGCUCGGUUCGGUUAGCCAAGAUACUCAGAUAUGUCUGUGGGACAUAACGGAGGAUGUGCUGAGGCAAUCGUUCGGCCGUGUUGUCAAAUCAGCCAACCAUACGGGCAAAAAGGAAGUGAUGGUAAACGGGCUGUCCAACGGGGAGAGUGAAAGUGUGGCGGGCAAGUUGGAUAAGUGUGGCCCCACCAAAGGCAACAAACCGACGGAGGAUGUAGUUGAUAAUGCUAGCUUUAAACAACAGAUAAUCCCCCCUACAUUAGGCGCAAUUGGAAAUAAUAGUUUGUAUAGCGGCAGCAUCAAACCCACUAGCAGUAGUAGCACUUACGCUAAUAUGAAUUGUGAUGAUAAAGCUAAUAGCGACAGUAGCAGUGAUAAGGAAUCGGUCGAUAGUAAAACUGUAAAGCGAUCUGGAGCGAACAGCAAUGCUGGUGAGGCCGAAACGACGACACCGGUCACCAACGCGACCACCUCCGUUGGCGGUAGCAAAAUGUCCUCGGGUGGUGGCAAAAAGUCCAAGGGAGGAAGUGGCGAUAGUGGAGGUGCUGGUGGUGGCAUGCAGCAGCAGCAUUCUAGCAGCAGUACGUUUAACUCCAUAACGCAACGUUUGACUAGUUUAAGCUUCGGCAGUGGUGGCAGUGGUACAAGCAGCACCAGCAGUGGCAGCGGCAGCAGCUGUGAUAAGAAUGACAGUAAGUCGGGCAGCAAAGGGACGGCCGGCGGUGGCAGCAACAGCAAGCGCAGCAUCAUCGCGCUCGGCAGCAAAAGUUUUAGCAGCAACAGCAAUAGCAAUAGUCUUAAUAACAAUCAUCAUGUUCUAAACAGCAGCAUCAUAAGUAACAACCAAUCGGUGUCCGGUUCACCGUCAGGAGGCGGUGGCGGCAUGUCGAGCACGUUCACCUCCAUCAUGACGUCGUCGCUGACGAAGAGUAAAGGGUCGAGCGGCGGUGGUGCGAUCGGUUCCGGUGGCUUUGCGCCCUGUGGACGGAUCGUUUCGUCGUACGAUCCAAUGAAGCUGAUUGGUACGCCGGCCUGUCCCCGCUUCGACGACUGUCCAGUAUUAGAGCCGCUAAUCUGUAAAAAGAUAGCUCACGAACGGUUGACGGCACUGAUCUUCCGUGAGGACUGCUUUCUGACCGCGUGCCAGGAUGGGUUCGUGUACACGUGGGCCCGGCCGGGCUUUGUUAAUAUUCCACAGCAUUUAUCUUCAACACCUUCGGCACCUCCAGGGGGAACGGUAGUGUAA